AUGGCCGACGACGAGCCCGUCACCGCGGCCGUCGCGCACCCGCUGCGCAUCCUCCUCGCCGGCUGCUUCAUCCCAGCGUUUCCCCUGUGCGUCGCCCACGGCGUCCUCUCGAGCAGCCCCGUCCCCGCCGUCGGUCUCGUCCCGCAGGCCGUGUCUGUCGUCUCCUCCCUGCUGCUGCUGCGCGUGCGUACCGCGCCGUCGCGAGAUGCCGAGCAUCAAGCUGGGCAUGGCACCCUCGCCAACGGGGAGCGUGCCCAUGACGGCGACGACCACCCCCACGACGAGGAACACGACGACGAAGAUGAUGACGAGCCUCGCCACGUCCUGCGCGAGACGCUCUCAAACCCCAUCGUCGUCUUCCUAUUCGACGUCCUCCUCGCCGCGUCGUACAUGAUUGUCCUCGUCUUCACCUGGAUAUCGCCCUCGCGCUCCCCCUCGCUCAGCAUGCUCGCCGCCUACGCCACCAUUCCGCUCCUCACCAGCUUCUUCGGCCACCUCUUCCUCGCCCUGCGCGCCCUCUACGACGGCCUCGCCGUCCGCGGGCUCGUCAGGUACGUCGCGUGGCGCGCAGUCCCGCCCGACUGCCCGCACUGCAGCGCCCGCCUGCGCCCCGCCCAGCUCCCCGAGUUCCCUUGGCUGAGGGCGCUGCGCACCAGCUACCGCCGUCUCCGCCUCCACCUCCGCCGCCGUCGUGCAGACGAUGGGUACACGCCCGUUUUCGUGAGCGAGACGGGGCGCUAUCGAGACGACGAUGACGAUGAUGAGCCUCGUGUAGACCACGACGGAGGUGCAGGGCGGGCUCCCGGGGACGACGAGGUGAGGGCGGAGCAACCCGAGGCCGUCGACGUGAGGAGCAGGGAGCGCAGGGGCAAGAAGAGCGCCCAAGCUGCUCCCGAAGACGCGGCGCCAUGGGGGAAUGAGUGA